AUGACCCAAUCGAUGUCGAGUGAGCAACAGGAAAAGGAGAGGAGGAAGCGAGCCAGUCGCCCAAAGGUGCGCACCGGCUGUGUGACCUGCAAGACCCGACACAAGAAAUGUGACGAAGGCCGCCCAUCUUGCUCCAUGUGCACUAGCUCAGGCAGGAAAUGUCAAUAUAUCGAGACCCCGGACCGUCGCACAAGGGCUGCGCGCAUGGGCGACAAAGUCGUGCGCGUUUCUCGCAACAGUUUACCCUCAGGGGAGACCGGACCAGCUGGAAACUUCCUUGAUGGUCAGCUCGGCCCGACCGCCCACUUAGUGUAUACAGGCCAGGUAGAUUUGACUCCAGAUGAGCGAUGGUAUCUGGACUUUUUUCGGAAAAGUACCUCCUUGCAGUGCGCGGGCUACUUCUACGACGAGUUCUGGCAGCGCUUAGUCCAUCAGGUCAGCGAGGUCCAGCCUGCAGUUUGCCAUGCGGUCAUUGGCAUGGGGUCCCUGAACUAUAGAUUCGUCCAGCUCCGAAAAGGGGAGAGUCAGGGCCCUCUGGAUAGGUCCUUUUCUCUGCAGCAGUGUAACAAAGCCAUUGCGUGUCUCCGACAGAACCUAAUGGACAACCGCCUGGGUCGCUUACGUGUGGAGAUUGCGUUGAUAACCUGCAUCGUCCUGGUUUCCAUCAUCCUGUUCCAAGAGGAUGCCGAGUCAGCUGGUCGUCAUCUGCGAUCCGGUUAUAAGCUGCUGGGAGAAUAUCUGAGAGAUGAUGCCCAUCGAAGUUCGACAAGUCGGGCCGUUGCUCAGGCCUUCGCCGGGAUACAUUUGGUCUGGUCGACCUUUACCAACCCUGACUCAUUCACAGAGAACGAAGACCGGACCUUUCCCUUCUUCGUUCCCAAAGCGCUACCUGAAACUGUGGACAACAUCGAGAAAGCGGGCAAUUUCUUGGUGAUCCUGGCUCGAAUGGUGUUACGCCGUCAUCCACGGGGAUUUAGCGUGGGUCCCGCGAGCUCCGACCUUGGAGGGGAACCCUAUGCGGUAUUAAGUAAACUGCGUGUGUGGAGAAGCCAGAUUAAAGGGUCACUCAUACUUCAUAAUGAUCGUUUGUCGCAGCGCGACCUCGACACACUGACCCUCCUAGAGAUAUGGAGUGAGAUUCUUUACAUCAUCCUCUUUGUGGAGAACGGUCCGCUACCCCGGGAAACAAGAUACGAUGAAUAUUUACCACGAUUCCAGAAGGCUGUUGAAUUGGCUAAGAAACUCCUGGCAUCAGACUCAAGCCAGAAUCCUCUGCCAGCAUUCUCCGUCAAUAUGGGGGUAAUCCCGCCCCUCUUCUUUUGUGUUUUCAAAUGCCGUGACUGGCUGGUUCGGCAGGAGGCGCUACUGUUACUUCGCCAAUGGCAGCGACAGGAAGGAAUUUGGUCCACCUGCGCAACCGCUCUUGUUUUAAAGCGGGUGAUUGAGAUUGAGACAGACGGGCUAACACCCGAAGACCUGAUUCCCGAGGAAUCUCGUAUUGACUCUAUAAAUGUCGAGAUUACUCCAGAUGACCCAAGUCUAUGUCUUCGAUACCGUCGGUCUCAUGGCCAAGAGGUGACUGCCUGGGCUAGUGAAUGGCUACCGUACGAAUCCGCAAAGAAUGGAGAUAUUGGCAUGUGGUAG